AGUGGGCAUAGUAUCGUCUAUAAAAAUCAAAAGCACUCCAUCUCUAAACAUCUAAAACAAUUCAUUCUCCCAUAAUGGAUGCUCCACCGCCGGAACCUUGUCAAUCGGCAAAGCUCAGACACCUGAAACUAUACUACUUCAUUGUCUUCCUCAUCCUACCAAUCAUGCUUUCUCUCACCAUCAAAGCCCUACACAAUCAUUCAAUCCAUAAUUUGAAGAUCUCAUCACUCCACAUUGCAUUCUUCCUCGUCACCAUCUCCGCCUUGACCUACUACUAUUUCCUCAUGUUUCGCCCGCGGCGCUCCGUGUACCUCAUCGACUACGCCCUCUGCAAGCCUCCCCGGUUGCUCCGCGUCCCCACCGCCCGCUUCACAGAGCACUCCAGACUUGCCUUUCCCACCGACCCCCAAAGCGUCCAUUUUCAGAUGAAAGUGCUCCAACGCUCCGGUAUCGGCGACGAGACCUCCAUGCCCCACGCCACCCAUCACAUCCCUCCCCAACAGACCAUGGCCCUGGCCAGCGAAGAAGCCGAGCUCGUUGUCUUCUCCACCAUGGAUUCUCUUCUAACCAAGACAAGCCUCAACCCUCUAGACAUAGACGUUUUGGUGGUGAAUUGUGGCCUCUUCAAUCCGGCGCCGUCUCUUACUGCGUCGAUCAUUAACAAGUACAAACUCAGGAGUGAUAUAAAAAGCUUCAAUCUCUCCGGGAUGGGCUGCAGCGCCGGUUUGAUCUCUCUUGAUCUGGCCAAAGGCCUUCUGGAAUGUUAUCCCAAUAUAAAUGCUGUGAUCAUCAGCACUGAGAUCCUCACUCCCUUCAUCUACCUCGGGAAGGAUAGAUCCAUGCUCCUCACCAACUGCUUAUUCAGAAUGGGCUGCGCCGCCGUGUUAUUAUCCAACCGCCGCCCUGACCGCCGCCGCGCCAAGUAUAAGCUGCUUCGAGCGGUGAGAACGCACACAGGAGCAGAUGACGAAUCAUACAAAUGCCUAUCACAGGGAGAAGAUUCUCAAGGAAUUCAAGGAGUUAGAUUGGGCAAAGAUUUGGUUGCCGUCGCCGGAGAGGCUCUGAAAUUGAAUAUUGCCAAAAUCGGACCUCAUUUUCUUCCGCCAUCCGAGAAAUUCCUAUUCGCUAUCUCUCUAAUCGAAAGGAAACUCUGUAAUUCCAAAUCGAAGGCGUAUGUACCGGAUUUUAAGAAAGCGUUUGAGCAUUUGUGCAUCCACCCAGGUGGAAGGGCGGUGAUCGACGAGCUGCAGAAGAGCCUCCGCCUGACAAACGAGCAGGUGGAGGCAUCGAGGAUGACGCUGCAUAGAUUCGGAAACACUUCGUCGUCAUCGGUGUGGUAUGAAUUGAGCUACAUUGAAUCCAAGGGAAGGAUGAAGAAAGGGGAUAGGGUUUGGCAAAUUGGAUUUGGGAGUGGAUUUAAAUGCAACAGUGCGGUUUGGGAAUGUAACCGGUCAAUCAAGUUGCCGGUUGAGGGGCCGUGGUCCGAUUGCAUUCAUAGAUAUCCGGUUUACAUUCCUCGUCUCAUUAAGCCUUAGUUUUGUUUCUACUUCUCUCAAUAUUUGCUUUAUUAAAUUAUUGGAUCGAUGUGAAGAGAAUAUAUAAGAAUAAAUAAAAUUGCAUAAAAAAUGA